AUGGCGCAGGACAGCACAGGGCUUCCUUCUGACCUUUCUUUGGAAGAGAGAGAGGAGCUUCUAGACAUCCGGCGAAGGAAGAAGGAGCUUAUUGAUGACAUUGAGAGGCUCAAGUAUGAAAUCGCAGAAGUGAUGACAGAGAUCGACAACCUGACUUCUGUAGAGGAGAGCAAAACCACACAGAGGAAUAAGCAGAUAGCCAUGGGGAGAAAGAAGUUCAACAUGGACCCCAAGAAGGGAAUUCAGUUUCUAAUAGAAAAUGACCUGCUACAGAGCUCCCCAGAAGACGUGGCCCAGUUCCUUUAUAAAGGAGAAGGCCUGAAUAAGACAGUCAUCGGGGACUACCUGGGCGAGAGGGAUGAAUUUAAUAUUAAAGUUCUUCAAGCUUUUGUUGAGCUCCAUGAGUUUGCCGACCUCAACCUCGUACAGGCCUUAAGGCAGUUCCUGUGGAGCUUCCGCCUUCCUGGGGAGGCUCAGAAGAUAGACCGCAUGAUGGAGGCCUUUGCUGCCCGCUACUGCCUGUGCAACCCUGGGGUCUUCCAGUCCACAGAUACCUGCUAUGUGCUGUCCUUUGCCAUCAUCAUGCUCAACACCAGUCUGCACAACCACAACGUGCGGGACAAGCCCACAGCCGAGCGCUUCAUCACGAUGAACCGCGGCAUCAACGAGGGCGGGGACCUGCCUGAGGAGCUGCUGAGGAACUUAUACGACAGUAUUAAGAACGAGCCAUUCAAGAUCCCUGAGGAUGACGGGAAUGACCUGACCCACACGUUCUUCAACCCUGACCGGGAAGGCUGGCUCCUGAAGCUGGGAGGCGGUCGAGUGAAGACCUGGAAGCGGCGCUGGUUCAUCCUGACCGACAACUGCCUCUACUACUUCGAGUACACGACGGACAAGGAGCCUCGGGGAAUCAUCCCACUGGAGAACCUCAGCAUCCGGGAGGUGGAGGACCCGCGGAAACCAAACUGUUUUGAGCUUUACAACCCGAGCCACAAGGGGCAAGUCAUCAAGGCCUGCAAGACGGAGGCCGACGGGCGUGUGGUGGAGGGGAACCACGUGGUGUACCGCAUCUCAGCGCCCACCCCCGAGGAGAAGGACGAGUGGAUCAAGUCCAUCAAAGCAAGCAUCAGCAGGGAUCCUUUCUAUGACAUGUUGGCAACGAGGAAGAGAAGGAUUGCCAAUAAAAAGUAG